GGGCAGUUAUUAUCUAAAAGUUGUCUGUCUUGCUCGAGGCAACAAGCUUUUGUUGGAGCCUUUUUUGUCUGUGCUUGUUGGCAUCUCCAGGUUCUUCCGUUCCAAGUGAGGCAAAAAGAAAAUGCAGGCCACUCACCAUGGUGUCCUUCCUCCGGGCCUGAGGCCCCUCACUGGUCUGCCUUCUUCACUCUGCCUUUCAGAGUCCUCUCUUGUUUGUUUUACAUAUCACGUGCAGGGGUUUUUGUUGUGCACGGCAGGUGGAAGAGGGAAAGGUGUGUCUACUGCCUCCUCCUGGAAGUGGAAGUGGUUGGGAGAAAUUAGAGGAUUGGGUUGAAGCCAGUGUGUGAAGGGCCUUCACACCAGGGGUUUGACUCUGUAGGUGGCAGGAGGGAUGUUGGAGGUUCAACUCUGCAGCAGUGUGGAGGGAUGGGGAGGGGGAGUGGCAAGAGAGACCCGGAGGCUGGUGCCUGGGCCCAGGGAGGUGAGGAUGCGUUUCUGGACUGCGACAGCAGACGUGGGGCAGAAAGGAAGAAGGGAGAGUCCAUGCGGGCCACAAGGAAGUCCGAGGACCAGGUAAAAACCAGAGGAUUGGAUAGAGAGUAAGAGAGAAAGAGACGAGACAAGACGAGAAUGACUGCAAAUCUUUGGCCUGGGCAACUGGAAGACCAUGGCCUUAAACUGAGAUGGGUGGUGCUGGCUAGAGUGCAUGCUUUUGGACCCAAGCUUAACUUUUCAAAUGUGGAAUGCUAGGCCUUCAUUGGUUUCUGGAAGAAGUUGACCGCCUGAAAGGAAGCGACAAAACAUGAAAAUUGCUUUGAGGUGACCAACAAGUCCAGUGGCCCCUUGCUUCUCCCAAGGUGGAUCUGGGGUUUAAGAACCGUAACUUCAGAUGAGGAAACUCGGGCCCAGAGAGCGGGAGUGACAGCCCCAGUCACGGCGCUUGGAGCUGGACCCCAACAGCGGGCAGUGCACGGCCACCUUCAACUGGGUUUGCAGUUGGAGUCCCUUGCAAGAGCCACCCUGGUCGUCCUCCACCUUAGAAGAGCACGUAGAAAUAAACGUGCCUCUGUGCCUCCUUGUACCUAUUCCAGACUCCAAUGGCCGAACAGAGAAUGGACAUUUCUUCAACUAUCAGCGACUUCAUGUCCCCAGGCGCCACCGACCUCCUCUCCAGCCCCCUGGGCACCGGUGGCAUGGAUUGCAACCGGAAACGCAAGGGCAGCUCCACGGACUACCAAGAAAGCAUGGACACAGACAAAGAUGACCCUCAUGGAAGGUUAGAAUACACAGAGCACCAAGGAAGGAUCAAAAAUGCAAGGGAAGCUCACAGCCAGAUUGAAAAGAGGCGUCGGGAUAAAAUGAACAGUUUUAUUGAUGAACUGGCUUCUUUGGUACCAACGUGCAACGCGAUGUCCAGGAAAUUAGAUAAACUUACUGUGCUGAGGAUGGCUGUUCAGCACAUGAAAACAUUACGAGGUGCCACCAAUCCAUACACAGAAGCAAACUACAAACCGACUUUUCUAUCAGAUGAUGAAUUGAAACACCUUAUUCUCAGGGCAGCAGAUGGAUUUUUGUUUGUCGUAGGAUGUGACCGAGGGAAGAUCCUCUUUGUGUCAGAGUCUGUCUUCAAGAUCCUCCACUACAGCCAGAAUGAUCUGAUUGGUCAGAGUUUAUUUGACUACCUGCAUCCUAAAGAUAUCGCCAAAGUCAAGGAGCAGCUCUCCUCCUCUGACACUGCACCCCGGGAGCGGCUCAUAGAUGCAAAAACUGGACUUCCAGUUAAAACAGAUAUAACCCCUGGGCCAUCUCGAUUAUGUUCUGGAGCACGGCGUUCUUUCUUCUGUAGGAUGAAGUGUAACAGGCCUUCCGUAAAGGUUGAAGACAAGGAUUUCCCCUCCACCUGCUCAAAGAAAAAAGCAGAUCGAAAAAGCUUCUGCACAAUCCACAGCACAGGCUAUUUGAAAAGUUGGCCGCCCACAAAAAUGGGGCUGGACGAAGACAACGAACCAGACAACGAGGGGUGUAAUCUCAGCUGCCUUGUCGCCAUCGGACGACUGCACUCUCACAUGGUUCCACAACCGGCGAACGGGGAAAUCAGGGUGAAAUCUAUGGAAUAUGUCUCUCGGCAUGCAAUAGAUGGGAAGUUUGUUUUUGUAGACCAGAGGGCAACAGCUAUUUUGGCAUAUUUACCACAAGAACUUCUAGGCACCUCAUGUUAUGAAUAUUUUCACCAAGAUGACAUAGGACAUCUCGCAGAAUGUCAUAGGCAAGUUUUACAGACAAGAGAAAAGAUUACAACUAAUUGCUAUAAGUUUAAAAUCAAAGAUGGUUCUUUCAUCACACUACGGAGUCGGUGGUUCAGUUUCAUGAACCCUUGGACCAAGGAAGUAGAAUACAUUGUCUCCACUAACACCGUUGUUUUAGCCAACGUCCUGGAAGGCGGGGAGCCGAGCUUCCCUCAGCCCACAGCAUCCCCCCGCAGCAUGGACGGCACGCUGCCCUCUGGAGAAGGUGGCCCAAAGAGGACCCACCCCACUGUUCCAGGGAUUCCAGGGGGAACCAGGGCUGGGGCAGGAAAAAUAGGUCGAAUGAUUGCUGAGGAAAUCAUGGAAAUCCACAGGAUAAGAGGGUCGUCGCCUUCCAGCUGUGACUCCAGCCCAUUGAACAUCACAAGUACGCCUCCCCCUGAUGCCUCUUCUCCAGGAGGCAAGAAGAUUUUAAAUGGAGGGACUCCAGACAUUCCUUCCAGUGGCCUACUACCAGGGCAGGCUCAGGAGAACCCAGGUUAUCCAUAUUCUGAUAGCUCUUCUAUUCUUGGUGAGAACCCUCACAUAGGCAUAGAUAUGAUAGAGAACGAUCAAGGCUCAAGCAGUCCCAGUAAUGAUGAAGCAGCAAUGGCUGUCAUAAUGAGCCUCUUGGAAGCAGAUGCUGGGCUCGGUGGUCCUGUUGACUUUAGCGACUUGCCAUGGCCGCUGUAAACAAACAAACACUACAUGUUGCUUUGGCGACAGCUACAGUAUCAAAGUGCAUUACUGAUGGAGUUAUACAGUCUGUGAAGCUUACUGGAUAAGGAGAGGAGAACAGCUUUUAUGUACUGUCUUCAUAAAAGCCAUCUCAGAGCCAUUGAUACAAGUCAAUCUUACUAUGUGUAACUUCAGACAAAGUGGAACUAAGCCUGCUCCAGUGUUUCCUCAUCAUUGAUUAUUGGGCUAGCUGUGGAUAGCUUGCAUUAAUUGUAUAUUUUGGAUUCUGUUUGUGUUGAAUUUUUUAAUCAUUGUGCACAGAAGCAUCAUUGGUAGCUUUUAUAUGCAGAUGGUCAUUUCAGAUGUAUGGUGUUUUUACACUACAAAGAAGUUCCCCAUGUGGAUAUUUCUUAUACUAAUUGUAUCAUAAAACCGUUUAUUCUUCCUUGUAAGAAAGAAUCCUUUACUAUAAAUAUGGGUUAAAGUAUAAUGUAUUAGUUAAAUAUUUUUAAUAAAUGUUUCCCUUGUUCUAUAAAUAUUGUUCAC